CUUUUUUAUAUCCUUUUACAAAUAUUUGCGCUUUACAGAUUUCGAGAUCGCACAAAGGUGUUACCUUUGAGAGGGUCUAGUUUUUUAAUUUUGGGGUAUUUGUUUAUGGUAAUCACCUUUAUUCUGUUUUAUGAAAUUGGGAAGAGGGCCGAAGAAGAGGAGCAGAGAAUCAGGAAAGUGGACAGAAGGCUACAGGGACCGCUUACCUUUAAGAAGGACCACAGAACAGCACAUCCCUGAGGUGGAAGUCCAGGUGAAACGUAGGAGGACGGCCUCCCUGAGCAACCAAGAGUGUCAGCUGUACCCACGGCGCUCCCAGCAGCAGCAACAGCAAGUACCUGUGGUGGACUUCCAGGCGGAACUGAGGCAGGCUUUCCUAGCUGAGACACCGAGAGGUGGUUAAAGCAGUCUUGGGACAUCCCAGGUAGCUGAUUCCAAGCAAAAACCCAGGUUAGAGUUGAUGCAGCCAUGAUCAGGAGUACAGAAAUCUUUAAAGAAUAGGGUUUUGGGAGGUAAAAGACUUUUUAUUAAAAGCCUCAUGCCAUAAACCCUUCACAGGAAGUCUAGAACAGUGAAAGGCGGGACCUUAGUGCUCUUACAAUGACACCUUUGUCGUGUUUCUUGUAUUCCAUCUCAUUGUGCUGCAUGCCUUUUAGGUAGUUUUCAUAUUUAAUUUAUAUUGAUUUCAACUUGGUAUGAAAAAUCACUAUGAAUGGCUGCUAAAUACCCUGCUAAUGAAUGUUUUAGAAUUUUCUUUGGUACGACACUUUAUUUUUUUCUGCGGAUAGCACACAAUUGCAUUGCGUGAAAGUUAUUUCCUCAGAUGUCCACACGUGCUAAUCAAGAAAUACCAACAUUUGAUAUAUUUUUCUAAAUUUAUACAAAGUAUUAUUUAUUAGUUCAUCUUUGUUGCCUUGAAAAAUGGAGUGCGAGAUAAAAGCACUUUCUUUUGUGUUACUUUAACUUAUGCCCUCUGAAUUACAAGUUCCCAUUACAUUCAUUAGCAAAUAAAAAGCUCAAUAUUUACACAUGCUUAUUUACUAAUUAUUCCUUUUUUGGUGUGUCUUUUCUCACUUUUUGUUUUCAUCACUGUAUUUCAAUCAGCUGACAACGUAAUAAAGACUUGAUGAUUUUUCA